AUGCUCUCCAGCAUCCCCAACAUCAGCUUUACAAGAACACUCUACCAAGCCACACGAUCCUCCCCUCUCUCCCGAUCCUUACGUACCUCUUCUGCCCUCAUGUCGUCGUUCCAUCAUGAACCGGGUCCGAUCGAGGCUUCCAUUCAUGAAAAGGUACGCUCGCUAAGAUCCACUCACCACAUAUAG